AUGGGCAUCAAGCGCUUUUUCAAAAUUAAGCCGCCAGAGGAGGAUACUCCUGAAAUGAACAGGGAUCAGUUAAAUGAGCUCGGUAUCCCUACGAAGAAUGUGAGACGGAGUAAGAAGGAGAAAUUCUCAGCUUACGGACGCUUUGCCAAAGAUAAUGCAAAUGACCGCUUCUACGCGCCUCCGGGCUACGAGAACUCCGGUCCAGCCGAUUCGUCAACUCUCAAUGAUUUGAAUAAGUCUGAAAUGGACUCUGAGGCUGAAAAGGACGGAUAUCUAAAGGAACCAAACAGAAGCAACUUCGACCCAUAUGCCAGGAAUAACGUGCAAGACCGUGACCGGAUCCAGGCUCCCGACCCAUAUUCUAGAGGCGCUUCAUACGGUCAAAGUUCUAGUAACCCAUACGGGCAACAGCGCUCGGCAGCAACGGAGCCUUACGCAGCUCAACAACCCACGGCCCAAUACGGCUCCAAUUCUGCGGCUCCCGGACCUACGUCGAAUCCUUAUAGCUCGUUGGCCAAUGAUCCCUACAGUGCCCCUAGUGGUAAUAGCAGCUAUGGCGGGGCUCCACAACAGAGGCCCGCAGCUAAUCCGUCCGGCCCUUCGAACAAUGGAAGAGCGUCGCAACAGAAAGGCGCUGCUUAUCCGGCAAGCAACAACUACGACAGCUAUGGAACCUACGGAAGCAACUCUCAGCAGAAUGCUAAUGUCGCCAGCGAUCCGUACAACCCUCGUGGUAGCACCUCAAGACCAAAUAUCCGCUCUUCUGAAAGUAGCCAGCGAUUCGCUCCUAACAAUGCUCCAACGGAUGAUACUUUUGAUUUCGAGGGUCGCUCAAGCUCUAUACCUAACCGUGGGGAGCCCGACGACGAUGAAGUCGACCUCAACGCCGCUAUGCAGGAUGAAGGAGAUGAUUUGAAUGGAUCUAUGCACGAGGGUUACGACGGCAACCGUUAUCCGGGUCAACAAUUUCAACAACAACAACAACAAAAACAAUACGAACCACAGCAGCAAGAUGGCUCUCGUGGUUUUCAGACGUUUGAAGAACUGCAACGGGAAAACGAACUCAAGCAACAACAGGAGGAAGACGAAGCUGUGGACGAAAUCAAACAGGAAAUCAGAUUUACUAAGCAAAGUUCUGUGGCCUCUACUAGAAAUACUUUGAAAAUGGCGCAGGAAGCUGAAAUGGCAGGAACCAAUACUCUCGGGAUGCUCGGUCAUCAAAGUGAAAAAUUGAAUGACGUUGAAAGAAAUUUGGAUUUGAUGAAGAUGCAGAAUAGAGUUGCUGACGACAAGGUGGCAGAAUUGAAGAAAUUAAAUCGUAACAUUUUGGCAGUUCAUGUCAGCAACCCAUUCACCUCUAAAAGGCGUCUGCGAGAGGCUGAAGACCGUAUCAGGAACCAAAGAAUUGAAGACAAAAUGAUGCAAAAGCAAACGAACGGUCGGCUACUUCAAUCCACUAACCGUAUCGAGGGUGCGAUUACUGCCUCAGGCCAAGAGGUCCAUGAUAGCGUGAAACAACGGUACCAGAAUCAGGCCAUCUUGGAGAAAUCUAAACGGUAUCAGUUCGAAAACGACGAAGAGGAUGAUGAAUUGGAACUGGAAAUUGACAAGAAUCUGGACAAAGUUGGCCAAGUUAGUGGUCGCCUUAAAAGACUGGCUAUUGCUGCAGGUGGCGAAAUUGAUGCGCAGCAGAAUCGUGUCAAGAAUAUAGAAGAAGACACCGACAACAUGGAUAUCAAGAUUCACUUGAACACCACUAGGCUGACACAAAUAAGAUGA